AUGGCUGAAGCGAUUGGUCUUGUCGCAAGUGUCUUGCAAUUGGCAGGGACAGGUUUGAAACUUUCACAGGCUUUGUAUCAGUAUGCCGACAGUGUGGCGACGGCUGACCGUAGGAUCAAAGAUGUAGCGAAAGAGAUCAAGCUUACCAGCUUCGUCAUUGAGGAAUUAGGCGGAAUUUUUAAGCAAGACGAUACCUUGAGCCUAAUUUCGAAGAGUGCUAUUGCGACAGCAAACGAGACUCUGGACGAAUGUUCUACAAUGUUCGGAGAAAUUGAAGUGACUUUGAAUAAGAGCAAAAAGGGAAAGAUGGGCCGACUUUUACUGCCAUUCCGGGAGCCCAAGAUUGAGCUGCUGCGAAGUCACAUCGACAAACUCAAGAGCACACUGCAACUUCUAAUGCAGGUGCUUAUGCAUGCAUUUCAGGUAGCUUCAAAAAAGCUUGACCGCGAAGCUGAGGCAAAACAACGAGACGAGAUUCGACAGCUGCUGGAAAACAAAAAGAACACUACCAAGAGAUAUGAGGAGUCAUUGCAAAGAUUCAAGACAAGUGAUAGCAACACUGAAUUUGAGGAUGACGAGGUCUUUUUUGAUGACAAUGGAUCCGUUUCGACUCUGGUCGCCAAAUCGAUCGGCUCUACGAUGACUCCUGAUUCUCUUGCAGAAUGCGCUCAGCAUGUCCGGACACUCUUGGAAAGCAUCGAACGACUGCAACAAGCUCUGGCUAGUACAUCUGAAGGAGAUGACCAAUCCGACGAUCAUCAGAUGGUUAUUGGAUCUUACUUUGCCGCUCGCUCCCAUCUCGACAGCGUCCUGCUUGGUAGCUCGAACACGGGGAAUAAAAACGUGAUGCUGAAAACGGAACAGCUUCUCAAUGUAGAGGCUGUAUACCGAACAUCCAAACCCAAAAUUUCCGUAUUGGAAACAGAGAAGAAAGAACCCACUGCUGUCAUUGCGAUAGGCGCGGGUGAGGUAGUUGUGGAGCGGGCAAAAACACCAGUACGACUGCAAGGAACAAAGAAGCCGGAAGAGGACAUAACCUACGUGCAAAGACCAAAGAGUCAAGGUCAUGUGUUUGAAAAGAUAUCUAUUUCCGAUAGGGCUAAAACAAAUCUUGGGCAACGGUAUGAUGAACACUCUUAUGCUGUAUCCGGCGAAGCCAUCCAAUACUCAUGCCGGCCAAGCUAUGGGAGGCAGAGCCAGGCUUUUGGUUUUGGAGGAUCUUCUGGUUAUUCCUAUAACUAUGCCACGAUACAGGGAACCCCAGAGCAGGUAGAAAUAUGUGUGCCUGUAUCUCGCUCGUCAGUAUAUGCGCCAGCUCUUUCUCUACCAGCACAAGCGCCAGGACGCCCCCCGUUACCCUUUGCACUUGCAUCUGCGCCUUUACCUGAACCUGCGCCUACGCCUGUAUUCGACUUUGAGCCACGAGAUCAUGAGCUCGACAUUCGGAUGGAAGAUAUGGGUCAUAUGGACGCCGAGAUAGCGAGCUCGCUAUCGGGAACAACGUCUCGAGGAAAUGAUGAGGUAGACGAUUUACUCAAAGAAUGGACUACCUGUUUUUAG